UGCCUGCUACUGAGGCUACUGAGCUUCUGAGCAUUUGAGGGCUUUGAUUAGAGAUCGCAGAGAUGCAUACUGUUCCGUUUUAAAGUCUGCUUCUUGUCAAGUUGUGGAAGUUUGUUCUCGUCGCUUAUUGUGUUCGUAUUUGUGGGGCGUCCUUUUUUUUUUAGUGCGUGAAGAACGGGAUAUCUUGUGAUGCUUGUGAUUCGCAACCUAGUAUGUACAUGCAAUCUGGAUAUAUCACUGCUACAUUAGUUGGAAUUGCUUGAAUCUUCCGUCAGUAUAAACUGUUGCCAUGUCUGGAUUUGGUUUCGGAAAUACUGGUUCCAGUUCAACUUCUGGAUCUGCAUUCGGAUUUGGAGUCAACAAAACAACCACACCUGGAUUUACACUUGGUACAACUGCCACCACAGCUGCUCCAGGGAACUUAUUUGGUAGUACACCUGCAUUUGGGACAGCAUCGACACUGUCUUCAGGUUUGUCAUUUGGAGCUCCUGCCACUUCACAACCAAGUACUGGGUUGUUUGGAAACCCUGCUGGUCAGACUUCUGGCCUGUCAUUUGGAACCCCCGUUUCUUCUGUAGGAUCAACAGGCCUGACAUUUGGUACUUCAUCCACUCCAACUGGACUUACAUUUGGAACGCCCAAUGUGGUGCAGACAGGCGGUAUUUCAUUUGGUAGUACCACAACACCUGCGGGUCAGACAGGAUUGUCGUUUGGAACUCCAGCCACAACUGCAACAGGAUUAACUUUUGGAACCCCCACUACAACUGCAGCCCAGACAGGGCUUUCUUUUGGUACCUCUUCUACCGGACUAACAUUUGGAACCCCUGUUAGUUUUGCUUCAUCAACAGGUUUAACUUUUGGAACUCCUAAUACCACUACAACACAAACAGGAUUGGCAUUUGCAACUCCAACUACAAGUUCAGGAAUAUCUGCAUCACUUGCAUUUGGUACUCCUUCUACAAGUGCUGCUACUGUGGGUUUCCAAGGGUUACAGACUGCUGUGACUACAGCAGCCACUCUUGGAAGUUUGACACUUGGCACAUCAGCUGCUGUCACAUCAGCUUCUGGUUUCAGUCUGUCAGCACCAGCAACGACAAGUCAGGGUACAGGAUUCACCUUAGGUGGCACAACUACAUCAACAUCUGGAGGAGGAUUAUUUGGGUUAGGCGUAACAAAGCCGCUGUUAUUCUCACUGGCAACCAGUACAACCACUUCCGUGGGCCUUGCUGGAACCUCAGUACCUUCAACCACUACUACAUCAAUAGGACUUGGAGGUGUCGAUGCAUCACAGACUAAACCAGGGCUUGCAGGAGUAAGCCCUGGAAGACCAGAUGCUAAAGCUGUUAAAGAAAACCAGAUACCAAAUGAAAUACUUCAAACAAUUGAAAUGUUCAAGAAUUUUGUUAAAACCCAGAAGGGUCAAAGUUCAGACAUAGCAAGAGGUUCAAUAAAGCCUCUUCAUAAAGUUCAGGAAGACACUGAAUCUCUGAAGCAGAUGUUAGCAGGACUUACCAGUGGGCUCCAACGGAACGGAGCAUUGGCAGACAAAUUAAAAGCGGAUACAGCUAAGUGUUUGCAUCAUGCAGAAAUGGCACAGUGGGCACAUGAAACUCCUCCUGGCCUGCAGUAUGACAAUGUGGCUCCUAUAGAAUAUUUUACAGAACUUGUUGCGGGAUUUGAACGUGAUAUGCAGGUCUUCAGGCAAGAGAUUGAAAACACUGAGAAACAUAUUCAGUCAUUAAGUCAGCCAAUGGCUCUUGCUCCACAGGAAUUGGCACUGGCAAUGAAGAGGCUUCAUGACAGCUUUGUUGCCUUAGCUGGACGACUGCAGACUGUUCAUAAUUCAGUUGAAACACAAAAGGAGCAGUAUUUAAACCUGCGGAAAUACUUCUUGAAAGAUUCGACUAAUGUGUUUGAAGAAAGCGCCAAGAAAUCUGCUGGUGGCGUUAUCAAGCCCAACAAUGGCACAAAUGUUUCUCCUGGUCCAACACCUUUUUCAGUGUUAGGCAGUCAGCAUGGGUUCGGGUUGCUGCCAACAAAUACCACUGAAACAAAAUCCACUUUCACCUCAGGAAACCCACUAGGUUGGUAUGGAGGACAGCAACAUCCAUCUCAGUUUCCAACAAAUCUCUCUGGAAAUAUAUUUUCAUCUGGAGGUUUUUCAGGUGGUCUAAACACACUUCCUACACCUCAGCCUGUUGAUAAUCAGAGCUUCCAACUUCAAAAACCACCUCCAGGAAACAAAAGAGGCAAGCGAUAAAGUCAUAGUAUAUGUAGUAGGGUUUGCCGGGUUCUUCUGUUGUGAGCUUUUUGAGAAUGUCUGCAUCAUAAUUGUAGAUUUUUGGGACUGUAACGUAUCUCAUUUAAUAUUAAUUGUAAUUAGAUAUACAAAAGUGAAUAUUUGUUUUCACUAAAUCUUCAAAGGAAUAAGCGAUGGGUAAGAAGUGUGACCCCUUUGUGACUAUCCUAUGUCAUGGAAGUACUGUUUUAUGAUAAUAAAUUCAUUAAUACCUUGGGAAUGAGUUGUGUUGUAUAAUUUAACUGUACAUCUCAUGAAGCAUCAUGGAGACAUAUAUUAGCAGUAAUGCUUAUGUCACAGUUAUUCUUUUGUGAAUGAAUGAAUGUAAUUAAUAAAUUAUUUUUUUGCA